AUGGCAGCUAGUGUAGAGAGCAUGGACAGCAGCUUUUCUGCAGAGCAAUGUUGUUCGUGGCUAGUAGUGAUCUGUGGAAAAUACUGGAAGACAGUGCUACAGCAGGAUAGAGAGUUGAAUACACCCUCCAAAGAAUACCAGAAGUUUAUAUGUGCUCUCUCAUCUUGCAAACCAGGAUUUGGAGUGGAUCAAUUACGAGAUGACAAUCUAGAAACUUACUGGCAGUCAGAUGGCUCCCAGCCUCAUUUAGUGAACAUCCAAUUCAGAAGAAAAACAACAGUGAAGACAUUAUGUAUUUAUGCGGACUACAAAUCUGAUGAAAGCUAUACUCCAAGUAAGAUCUCAGUCAGAGUAGGAAAUAAUUUUCACAAUCUUCAAGAAGUUCAGCAACUUGAAUUGGUGCAACCAAGUGGCUGGAUUCACGUUCCCUUAACUGAUAAUCAUAAGAAGCCAACUCGCACAUUUAUGAUACAGAUCGCUGUUCCAGCCAAUCAUCAGAAUGGAAGAGAUACCCACAUGAGACAAAGUAAAAUAUACACACCCGUGGAAGAGAGCUCCAUUGGUAAAUUUCCUAGAUGUACAACGAUUGAUUUCAUGAUGUAUUGCUCAAUAAGGUGA